UAGUCCCGAGCUGAACACUCGCAAAACGGCGAUAAGGUAAGGGCCGAGAUGGACAGUGCCGAUAAAUUCUUUCGAGAGUCGCAUUACAAUAUUAUACGAGUUCUGUUAGGUGUCAGCGGUCUAUGGCUCCAUCAGACGACAGCCAGACGUUGCGCAAUAUAUUUCGCAUUGCUAUUCAUACUUGGAUCUGGGAUGACAUUCGAGGUGCUGGGUAUAAUUGAAGUUUGGCCAGAUUCUUUAGAAGUGAUUGACUGUUUGCCGAUGUUAGUUCUCGGCACGGUGUCAAUAUCUAAAUUGGUCUGCGCGAUACACACGUUACCGGAGGUGCGUAAAUAAAAAUAACGACGGUACAAUCAAUUCGAAUGACCAGAUGGAAUAAACUCGGAUGAUAGUCGAUGCAAGAUCGUACUUAAAUUGAUCUCGAGCUGCAGAUCAGGAUACUUUUGGCGAGAAUGCGACAGUACUGGUAUUCCCCGAAGUCGGACGAAGAGACGAGAAUUCUGCUUUCAUAUUCCUUGUAUGGAAAAAAAUUAAGCUACGCUUAUACAGGUGUCUUACUCAGUCACACUGUCGUGUUCGUAUUUACGACACUGUUAAGUAAACUACUUUAUGCGGAACCGAGCGAGGAUGAUCCGAGUAGUGCUCAUGAUGAACAAAUAGGAUUACCGUACCAUGUCAAUUACAUGGUUGAUCCAAAAACGUAUUACGUUCCAAUUUUUGUACACGUCACCGUAUGCGUCGUAUCUUAUACAAUCUUAAUGCUCACUUUCGACGUCUUGUAUAUGACAUUUGUCCAGCAUUGCUGCGGAUUGUUUGCGGCUUUGAGAUAUCGUUUGGAAAGCGCGUUUGAAUUCGAGAGUAACGAUUUGCCGAUGUCCGCGAAGAGCAAACUUCACUCGAAUAUCGUAUACAGUAUUCGAAGGCAUGCAGAAGCUAUACAAUUUGCCACUGUUACCGAGUCAAUACAUAGAAUACCGCUCUUCAUACACGUCGGGGCUAACAUAUCGGUCCUGAGUAUAUUAGGAUUUCAGGUGAUAACGAGUACGGAAGACAUCAAUCACCUGUUGAAACACGUUAGUUAUUUGAGCGCACUUUUACUCAACACGUUCUUUGAAAAUUGGCAAGGUCAGAAAUUAAUAGAUUCCAGCGAAAAGGUGUAUGAAUCCGCGUAUAAUGCGGAAUGGUACAGAAUGCCAAUAGCGCAAAGAAAGCUCUUCAUCAUGAUCAUGAUGAGAAGCAGAAGAUCAUUGAAAAUAACCGCGGGUCUUACGUGCAUCAUUAUCAUAUUUUAUGCUGCUACGAUCCAUACAAUAAAAAUUCCAAAC